UCCAUCUAUCUAUCUAUCUAUCUAUCUAUCUAUCUAUCUAUCUAUCUAUCUAUCUAUCUAUCUCCACUUUCCUUAUUUUUCUCUCCUUCUAACCUGAAUCUUAAAAACAAAAUAUCUGAUGCACAUCUAAUCUGGGCAUUUUGCAAAACUAUUCCAGGCAAUGGGAAGCUCAGAUGGUUACGUUUCCAAUCGAUUCUUGCAAAGGAAUUUCUAUCAAAAGACAUGUCUCCCUUUCUUUAGAAAGAAUUCCGUCCCAAAUACCACAAUUUAACCCAGUGGCUUCACACGACAAACCGACAACAACAACAAAAAUGAAGCCUCUAAAAAAAAAAAGUGUUCCGUUUGGGGGGAAAAAAACCCUUGCAGGUUAAAAGUGGGAAUGACACCAGCACCAAUUAAUAGGAUGUAAAAUGCACCAAUAAGACAGUUUAGAAAUAGUCAAUGUAACCUUUGGACAGCUUUCAUUUUAAUGCCACGAAGCAAAAUAACUUGCAAUAAAUCACAAUAGCGAUUUGACCCAUGCAAAGGUUUGGGUGCUUUUAAAGAAAAAAAAAAAGGAGAAUUUGCUGAGGUUUUUUUUUUUCUUUAUCUUUUUAGGGUUAAAGCAGAAAUCUCAUUUUUUUUUAAAGACAUUUUUCUACCAGACAAGACACAGAGAUGAACACCUAGCCAAAAAAGAAAGACUCGCAAAGGCGCCCAUCUGGGACUGAUCCGAUCAGCUGUCCUUCCUAUAUUUCUGGUGCGCCACGGAUCACAACGUAGACAACACCACGCAAAUGCUGCAGGAAUGGCUCAGCGCGGUGGAAAAACGUUACCGGUCUAUCGUGUGGAGAUCCGUGGAAGAGCCGAGCUCUUAUCCCAACGAAGUGGGACCCAAACACUGGACGGAGCCGCGCUUCGAACAGAUCAUGAGGCUGAAGCAGGAAGCCCUCGCCUUUGCUCGGCGGCAAGAAGCCGGUUACAUUUUGUUUGCCGACACGGACAGCAUCCUGACGAACAACCAAACCCUGAAGUUCCUCAUCGCACGCAACCUGUCGGUCGUUGCCCCCAUGAUGGAUUCCCAGACCUAUUAUUCUAACUUCUGGUGUGGGAUCACCCCCCAGGGUUAUUACCGGCGUACAGCGGACUACUUCCCCACCAAGAACCGCCAGCGUCGGGGGUGCUUCGCUGUGCCCAUGGUCUUCGCCACCUUUUUGAUCGAUCUGCGAAAGAGCGACACCGCCAGCCUGGCCUUCCACCCGCCGGUCCCUUCCUACUCCUGGCCCUUCGACGACAUCAACGUCUUCGCCUUCUCUUGUCAAGCUGCAGGAGCUGAGAUGUUCCUGUGCAAUCAGGAGCGGUUUGGCUACAUCAACGUGCCGAUGGCAUCGCACCAGACCCUGGAAGAGGAACAAAUCCAUUUUGUGCACCUCAUCCUGGAGGCCAUCGUCGAUGGGCCUCCCAUGUCCCGUUCCAGGCACCUCCACGUCCCCCCAAAACAUCCAACCAAGAUUGGGUUUGAUGAGGUGUUUCUUAUCAACCUGGCCCGACGUCCGGACCGGCGGCAGCGCAUGCUGGAGGCCCUUUACGAGCUGGAAAUAGACCCCUUGCUGGUUGACGCCAUAGACGGAAGAGCCCUGAACAGCAGCAGCAUCAAGAAACUUGGCAUCGACUUACUGCCUGGAUAUUACGAUCCCUUUUCGGGAAGGACCCUCACCAAAGGGGAAGUUGGCUGUUUCCUCAGUCACCACCACGUCUGGAAAGAGGUGGUUGAGAGAGGACUGGAAAAAUCACUUGUACUGGAAGAUGACAUCCGAUUCGAGGCUUACUUCAAGAGGCGCCUGGCAAAGCUGAUGGACGCGUUGGAACGGACGCAAUUCGAUUGGGAGCUGAUCUACUUGGGCAGGAAACAAGUCAACUCCGACGAGGAGGAGGAGGCGGUGGUGGAGAUCCCCAAUCUGGUGGUGCCCGAAUAUUCCUACUGGACGUUGGCCUAUGUCCUCUCCCGACGGGGGGCUCAGAAGCUGGUCCAGGCGCGGCCCCUCUCUAAAAUCCUGCCCGUGGAUGAAUUCCUGCCCAUUAUGUACGACAAACACCCCAACGAGGAUUACAAGAAAUAUUUCCGCAGCCGGGACCUGCGGGCCUUUUCUGUCCGGCCCUACCUGGCUUACCCUGCCCAUUACGCCGGGGACGCCGCGUGGAUGAGCGACACGGAGUUUUCCACCAUCUGGGAUGACGAUUCGCGGGAAACCGCCUGGAGCGGCUCGCAGAAGACCCUGAAGGACGCCCGCGGCAUCAGCCACGGAGGCCCCGUCAGCCACUCCCUCCCCACAGCAGCCCGGGACGAGCUGUAAUUGGCUGGCUGGUUCUCUUAUCGCGGGAGAGAAAAGGCAGAUUUGGGGACGGAAGCUCCCUUUUUUGUCCCCAGGAGACACGGGGAGGGGGGGGAAUGAAUGGUGGGCUGGGCAAGGACCGGAGGAGGCCGGUUUGGGCUCGCCCGUCUGCUGGAGAGGAGGCCUCGGUGGGCAAGGACGAGGGUCUCCAUCGGGUGGGCCAGCCUGGCUGAACGUUUGUGGAUGCAAUAAAGAUUUUUGCACAGAAAAA